CAAUAAAGGUACCAUGUGUGAAGCCCAAUUCUGCUGUCACCCACUGAUAUUGCUGGAAUAUUGUGAAAAGCUACAUAAAACCAUACUAACUCACUCAUUGCUUUGAGACCAACAAAAUCACAAGUGCCAUGACAUUUGGACAUGCUUGGACACGCUCUAUUGGCACGCUUCACUGCUUAAUGUUCAGUUGACAAGAAUACAAGUCUGACAUGAAUGUUUCAGGGAUAUGUUUAUAUCAGCAGCUUUAGAGCUGAAACCUUUGAUUCUUAAAGUUGAACAUUCAAUGGAAGGAACAUCGCAUGAUUUGACCAAGAGAUGAAACAGACCAUUCUUGGGUAUAGUGCUAGGUUUGUGACAAACUGGGUGUUGAGUGGAUACAGUUGUAACAGAUCAUUGAUUAUUGAACCUAAGAGGCAAAUGGGAUUUCAGAAAGUAACUUCACCUAAAGGAAGGAAGCAUGACGAGAGACAGUACUUGGAUGCUGUUGAGGAAAUCAUCUCACGAGGGGUGCGCCGAGAGAACCGUACAGGGAUAGACUCAUUGUCAAUAUUUGGCAUGCAGAUGAGAUACAAUCUACGUGACAGUUUCCCUCUGUUGACGACAAAGCGUGUGUACUGGCGGGCUAUUGCUGAAGAGCUGCUGUGGUUUAUCCGAGGAUCUACCAACGGCAAGGAUCUCGCAGACAAAAAUGUUAACAUCUGGAAAGCCAACGGAUCCCGAAGUUUUCUGGACAAUCUUGGACUAACACAUCGAGAAGAAGGAGACCUUGGACCUGUCUAUGGGUUCCAGUGGCGCCACUUCGGUGCCGAGUACAAGGAUAUGCACACAGAUUACACCGGGCAGGGCGUGGACCAGCUGGCUGAUGUCAUUGAUAAGAUCAAGAAUAGUCCACAUGAUCGGCGGAUAAUCAUGUGUGCUUGGAACCCAACAGAUCUCCCAAAAAUGGCGUUGCCACCAUGCCACUGCCUCGUACAGUUCUAUGUUGCGGAAGGGGAACUGUCCUGUCAGCUAUACCAGCGAUCAGCGGAUAUGGGUCUGGGUGUUCCCUUCAACAUCGCCAGCUACUCACUCCUCACGUACAUGAUCGCUCACAUCACAGGGCUAAAGACUGGAGAUUUUAUCCACACAAUCGGAGAUGCCCAUGUGUAUGUCAACCAUAUUGAAGCACUAAAGGAACAGAUCAAGCGAGAACCUAAAGCAUUCCCAACGUUUAAGAUGAAGAGGACUGUGGAAACUAUUGAUGAUUUCACAAUGGAGGAUUUUGAAAUAGUGGGCUACAACCCUCAUCCCCAAAUCAAAAUGGAUAUGGCUGUAUGAUAGCCAGACAUAUUGGUAUACUGGUCUUCCAACACUGCCUCUUGUGCCUUAAUACUUUAUCCUUGUUCAUGUUCUGUUCUAACGGGAACCUGUA